UCUAGUUCAGCUGGGUUGUUGAUCUACUAAACUUAUUUUGUGUGGGUGCAGAACGCAUGAAAAGCGCUUACAUUCUUUUCAGCGAUUUUUGUGGUGGAGAACCCUGUAAACUAAGCAAAACAAAUAAUUUAACAGAAUGACCACCUAUUCCAGAUAUAGCACGUUUGCCUCAUUUUCGGACUUGGGUCCUGUCGUUGAAGUUAAACCUGGUUACGGAUAUGUUAUACUAGUAGGAGUUGCAUCUGGUUUUCUCUUGUCGUGGCAGGCAAUUCAGGUUGGAAAGAUGAGGAAAAAGACCGGUAUAAAUUACCCUAUCAUGUACAGCCAAGAUACUACUGGUGACGGACAUCUAUUCAACUGUUAUCAACGAGUUCAUCAAAAUACGUUGGAAGGGUAUCCCCUUUUUCUGAUGCUACUAUUCACUGGAGGAUUUGCGCAUCCCAUUCCCUCGGCUCUUGGAGGUGCUUUGUGGAUUGUCGGAAAAAUUGCUUAUUCUUUAGGAUAUUACACAGGAGAUCCAAAAAAACGUGUCCGUGGUGCUUUUGGAAAUUUGGCGCUUUUGACGUUGACGGGAUCCUCAAUUGCAGUAGCUGCAAGACUUUUGAGAUGGCGCUAAUACUAGAUGAUUACUGGAGUUCAGGUGUCCCGAUGCAUUAGUCCAAGGUUAUUUGGUUACGGAAUGUAAUUUCAAUUUUUUGUUUUGAACCAGCUGUUUGUUCCAAUGCAAAACAGGAAAUCCACAAUUUUGCUUUCUAUUUUUGUGGCUACGAAUGGAUGCAUGCGUAGUUAGCUGAGAACGUUUUUCCACGUUGUUUUUCUUUUGUUUUACUCGAACAGCCAAUAACAAUCGACGAGCUUCAAGGAGAUAAGUUCGGAAGCGAGAAUAAACGUUGGUUUUGCUACGUCAUGGUAUGACAGUGAUAAAAACAGAAUCAAGGUUGUAUCUACGUCGCCACAUAACCAUUGGUGCACAUCAAGAUGAUAUAAGGCUCACUGAAACAAAUUUUCUAAGCAUACGUGGUUGAAUUUCUGUCCCUGAUACGGCUGUUCAUUUGGUGUAUUUUCUUUGACUUGAUAGUUGUCUUCUCGUUUCGACUUGCACGUCUAAUACCCGUGAAGUCGUCUGCUUGUGGAUACAAAAAAAUUUUUUUUGAAAAUAAACAUGGUGUCUAUUCAGUUA